AUGGAACCAUGCGAUUACAAUGAUGAUAAUGUUCAUGAAGCAAUGGAAAAAAUCAGCCAUAUUGAUGCCGAUUAUAAAGGAACUGAUAUUUUGAAAACGUUAAAUUUCGUUUUCGGAUUAAAACCACAAGAUGGUUUUGUAAAACAAAUAUUCUUAUUAACUGAUGGCGAAGAUAGAAAUUCAGAUAAAAUUUGUGCAGAAGCUCAGAUGAAUAGAAACCAAACACGAAUUUUUAGCAUCGGAUUAGGAGAUGGUGCGGAUCCAGGUCUCAUUAAAGGAGUUGCAGAUAAGAGUGGAGGAAGCUAUACUUUGAUCACAGAUGAAGAAAAUAUGAAUGAACAAGUCAUUUUAAUGCUCAGCUCUGCAAUUUCUCCAUCAAUAACUGACAUUUCAAUUCAAGGUGAAAGUGGAUUUGAAGAAAUCUGGCCUUCUCCAUUUCCAUUUCUAUUUUCAAAUAAAUCUCAAUCAUUUAUGAUCAAAGGACCUUUCUCCGAAAAUAUUUUGCUUAGUGGAAAUUUAUGUGGCGAGCAAAUCGACAUUGUUAUUCCAGUGACAAGGAUUGAAGAUAAUUUGGGAAUGAAGCAGCUUUUCAGUAGAAGUAUUAUUGCUGAUUAUGAAGCCCAGUAUUUAUAUAAAAAUGAACCAGAUAUAAAGAACAAAAUCAUUGAGCUUUCUCUCAAAGCAUCUAUACUUUCUAAAUUUACGUCAUUUAUUGGCGUUGAUUUCUUUAAAUAUGAACAAAGAGCAAGAAAAUACUUUACUUCUAAAUGUGGAAAACAUGGGUAUGCAAAGAAAUACUACAUUGAUGAAUUCACAGGCAAACCAGUUUAUACUAAUAUCGACCACAAAAGUAGUUCACAUAAAGAUUACGACCCAGUUUACUCAAUUGAUGAAAUGCUAUAUGAUAAGAUUAAAGACCAAAAAGUUAAUGGCUCUUGGACUGAUUUUGAAGGAGUUGAUGCAGAUAUUGAAGCUGCAUACGGUCACAUAAUAGUUUCAACAAUUGCUGCAAUUGUUUUCAUUAAAACACAUUUUGAAAACAAUAUGAUCGAAUUCUCAUUAAUCAUCAAGAAGGCUUUCAAGUUCUUGAUGACACAGAACAAAGAUAUUGACUGGGAAGGUAUAGUUGACAAAUUACUUCAUAAAUAA